UGUGGGUGCAUCACGACAGAUGCAAGCCUCACUUGAAAGCUGCCUCUCCGCACACCACCUCCGCGUCCUCCUCCGGGAGGGGACGGGGGGCGUCACGGCACGUGCGGUCCGGUGGGCUUGACGCCAGCUCGCUUACAGUUUGAAGCACGGCCAUGGCGAAAGCUCAGCUGCCGUGGAGAUUCUUCUUCUUCUUCAUCUUUUUCUUCUUCCGGAAGCCCCUGCACACGCAGGCGCGCUUGUCGUCAGCGCACCUCAAGUGUUUGUUCGUGUGCUGGCUGGCGGUGUUGGUGGGCAGCUGGGUGGUCUACGUGGAGUACUCGUCCUACUCCGAGUUGUGCCGAGGACGCCAGUGCAGCGCAGCCAUGUGUGCCAGAUACAGAGAUGGCCUGGUGGACGGCGCUGCCUGCAGCAGCUUGUGUGAUAAGAACACGUUGGAGCUCAACAAGUGUCUCAGCACGCAUGCCACCAAACAGGUGUACUCGAGCAUGUGGGGCGACCUGGAAGGCGUGGUCAGGUGCCAGAUGGACGAGGCCCCCGCUUAUGACGUGGCCGGCCAGAUGGAGAACAGGAAGGAGGUCGUUGCCCGCUUUGCCACCCCCCCAAAAGGAACCUCUGUAGAAAAGUUCAGGGAGAUGAUCCUCGACCACCUCAAGGCCAAAGUGGACGAGGAGCAGGCCAACCUUGGCGAGCUGAGCACGCGUGCCCUGGCGGCAGCCGACGCCAACAAGGACGGCCACAUUUCCCUGGCGGAGGCUCGGUCAUCCUGGGCGCUGCUACAGCUCGACGACUUCCUGCUGGCGUUGGCGCUGCAGGAACGCGGACACACGCCCAGGAUUCUCGGCUUCUGUGGUGAUCUCUACGUGACGGAGAAGAUACCAAACGCCCCGCUCUACGGUGUCAGGGCACCGGCAUGGGCGCCGGUCUGGGUGCGCCGUGCCACCGACCGCUGGUUCGGCCCCGCGUGGCCCCACAGGGCCAAGAUCUCUAUUGGGCUCCUGGAGCUGGUGGAGGAUCUGUUCCACGGGGCCUUUGGUAGCUUUCUCAUGUGCGACCUGAGCGCUGCCCACUUUGGGUACACCGGGCGCCACGAUUUUAGGGUGGCAGAUGCCCAGAACAUCGUCCCUGAAGCCACCUUCCAAGAAGCCAUCCGGCAGCAGAGGUGUGACAAGGACACGGACUGCCUUUACGGCGUCGACUGCCUCACUUCCUGUGAUCUCACCAAGCGGCGCUGUACCCCCGAGGUGGCCCAGCCCAACCUGGCUAAGGCCUGCCGGGUCCUGCAGGAAUACGUCCUGCAGGGGGCGCCCUCGGACAUCCGUGAGGAGCUGGAGAAGCAGCUGAACGCCUGCAUGGCACUGCGCGGAUCAGCAGAGCAGGCCGAGAUCCAACACUCGCUGGUUCUCAACAACCUCAAAACGUUAUUAUGGAAGAAAAUCUCGCACAACAAAGACUCCUAGCCAAAAGUUAUUGGAAUCCUCAAUCAGAGGUUUUCUGGUCUGGAUUGGGGUUUUGGCAGACUUUAAAGGAAUCUUUUGGUAUCCUACACAACUUUUUAGGGUAUUCUCAAUUCAAAUAUUUUGUUUAUGUGUUUAGGGUAGUGUUAUUUUGACCAAAAUAACUCUUGGGAGAUUGAGAGCAGAUUGAGAGUCAGUCUUCAGUCUCAGAAAACCCCAGUUUGCACUGGCGAGCUGUUAUUUUGAGAGUAAAUAAAGAUGAGAUCAAUAUUAAUCGAAAUCAUUUUAACGCGUUUUGAUUUUGCGACAUUCGUUUUUUUCUCAUAUUUGACGUGGUUGAGAAACGGAAGCAUACUGUCCUGUAGGGUACAACAGUUAAGUCAAAUGACAUUGUCUUUUGAAUUUAAGGAGAAGUAAUUAUUGGUCCAUUGUGCAAAUCUGUCAGUUAACUCAAAUACCACCGUCAUAGUGCAAAAGGGAAGCCAACUUAACCGCACAUGUGCCAUGUCCCACCCAUCUCAUCUAGAGCAGUUCCCUUUUCAUAUCAAGCAUUUGACAUAAUAAAUUGAACAUUUCAGUGAAAUAAAUUAUACUCACCAAAGAUUCUGAAACGAAAAUGAAUGCGUGCUGAAUUUGAUUGCUAUUUGCGACACUUGUUUUGCUCGUCGAACGUGGCCAGCUCGAGCAUAACCAACCAAUCAGAGGACGGGAAAACACUGACGUAAUGUUGGGUGGUCCUUUAGGCUAAUUGGCUAAAAACAACGGUUGUAAACUUCUUCCAUGGGCUGGUGCUACAAGUUCCUGCCCUCAUCGAAUAACAGGCGAAGUGAUCGAAAUAUUUCAGAAUGCUUAACUGCAUUUGGAGGGGUUUAUUGCAUGUUUUUAAAUGAUUCAUUUAUUCAUGUCAAAUGUCAUCCACAUAAAAUUCAUUUUCCUUUGAAUGACACACAUGCAACCACAAAAGUGCAAGCACGUUUGCAACACUUUGACUUUAUUCUUUUGUAUAAUUCAGUUUUUUUGUAUUGUGCAACCUGUUUUUUUAGAGGAACGCGUUGGUAAGUUUGGUGUCAAAAUGACAUACUCUCUGUUGUUCCUCCUUUUUAUUGAGCGACAGUGUUUCUAAGCGGCUUCUAAAUCCUUUGUCAGUUGUCAAAAUAAAAAAAAAA